GCCUCUCCGCCUGGGGCUGGGGAACGGCUGUCCCGGCCUCUUCCGAGUCGGCUCCGGGGCCGCACCGCCGCUGCCCGUGUUCCGUGCCCGGCGAGCAGGCAGGCGUAAGGACCCAGAGGCACCCCGCCUGCCCUCACCCAGCUAUCCAAUCAGCGCUUUUAGCGGAUCUGAGCGACAGCUCCCGCCGCCAAUCACCGACGGCCGUCGCGCUAGCCAAUCGGGAGGCGGCGGCGAGGCCCGGGGCCUGGGUUUCCCUCCCGCCCUCCUCGCGAGACGGGGGCGGGGCGGGCGGAAGGGCGGGUCACGUGGGGCGCGCUCCGCCUAUCAGCGCGGCCGAGCGCGGGGUCGCCCCGGCUCCCGCCAAAUACGAGCGGGAGCCCCCGGGGCGGGACCGGCCGCGGCGGGGAUGGGACGGACCAGGACGGAGCGCGACGGCUGCCGCCGCCGUCAGGGGGAGGAGGAGGAGCGGCAGGACUCCGCGCCGCGUCCCGCCCUGGCAGCCAUGGAGUGCAGAGACAAAGCGGCCGUUCCUGCGCGGAAGCUCGUACAAGCUCGGUUGCCCUUCAAACGCCUGAAUCCUGUACCAAAGGAAAAAUAUGAUGGGGAUUCAGAAGUCAAAAAAGUAAAGAGCUCGCAAAGUGGCUUUGGUCCCAGUAAGGAUUCCUCCCUGGAUGCAUCCAACGCCUCCCUGGACAACGUGGAGAAUGACUGCCAGCUGGAUGGGGAUGUGAAUUUUGCUCCGAAACUUGUUAAUGGGAAGUUAGACCGUUUUAUGCAGAAAAACACAAAAGAUGACCCAAAUGAAACUGUAGUUGUCAUUGACCUGUCAAAUGACUCCAGCCAUAGACUAAGCGAUGGUGUAGACCGGGCUGACUGGGAGUCAAAAGCAUCUUCAUCUGUAGCUGUAGCUACCAGCACGUUAGGAAAAGAGAUAAAACAGUUGAGUUGCCUGAAUUCUGCUCAGAGUAGCCAAACGGAUGAGUCGAUGGAGACCGAUGCUCCCUGUGAAGCUGUAGCCACUAAAGAUGAGGAUUUGGUGGGUGGAAAUCAAUCGUGCUCCGAGUUGAUGGAGUGUAACAGUGGGGAAAACCCAAAGGUCCACCAGAGCGAACUGAAGGAUGUCAUCUUUGAGGGGAAGAUGCCCGUGGUGCUCCUGGAGGAUAUUAUGGCUUCAAAAUCUCCCCGGGUCGCUUCUCUGGAUGGAAGCGUCACGUCGGAAAACGAGACCAUGGAGUCGUCUCACGAAGGAGACUCUGGACUUACCCAUUCCUCCCUCAGCUCCCACUCCCUGAGCUCACCUGAGGCACAGCCUGCAACGGAAACAAAGAGAAAUUCUAGUCCUUUGGCUGCCUCAACGCCCGUUAGGAAGGUAUCAUCUCAGAAAUUCCACAGAAGUUCAGCAGAGAAGGAGAAGCUGAGAUUGCAAAGAGACCAGGAGCGCGCAGACAAACUGCAGAAGCUGCAGGCGGAAAGGGAGGAAAAGGGGAGACUGAAAGAAGAAGCAAAAGCCGCCAAAGAGCGAGCCAAGGAGGAGGCCAAGAAGAAGAAAGAAGAGGAGAAAGAGCUGAAAGAGAAAGAAAGGAGGGAAAAGAAGGAGAAAGAAGAAAAGGAGAAAGCGGAGAAGCUGAGGGUGAAGGAGGAGAAGCGCAAGGAGAGGCAGGAAGCGUUGGAGGCAAAACUCGAAGAGAAGAGAAAGAAAGAAGAGGAGAAACGGUUAAGAGAGGAGGAAAAGCGUAUUAAUGCACAGAAAGCAGAAAUUACGAGGUUCUUCCAGAAACCAAAGACUCCACAAGCCCCGAAGAUUCUUGCUGGCUCUUGUGGAAAGUUUGCUCCUUUUGAAAUUAAGGAGAACAUGGUCUUAGCUCCCCUUUCUCGUAUCGCCCUGGAUCCUGACUUUUUAGAACAGCUGGAUAAGCUCCUGCACCUCCAGAAUAGUGACGUUUCUUUUUUGAGGGAUCUAAAGUGUCGUAAACCACGGAAAACUGGUCCUACUUUUGUCAAUAACAGUGCUGACAUAGUAAACAGCGACGUGGUGGUGGUGGUGGACAACUGCAAAACAGAUGCUGUUCCCGAAAGGGGGAAAUUUGGUAGAAUGAAACUUCUGCAGUUCUGUGAGAAUCACCGUCCCGCGUACUGGGGCACCUGGAACAAGAAAACCACUGCGAUCCGUCCCAGGAAUCCUUGGGCAAAGGACAGUAAACUACUGGACUACGAAGUAGACAGUGAUGAAGAAUGGGAAGAGGAGGAACCUGGAGAAAGCCUCUCCCACAGCGAAGGGGAUGAUGAAGAGGAGGGAGAGGACGAAGAUGAUGACGAUGGGUUUUUUGUACCCCAUGGGUACCUAUCUGAAGAUGAAGGAGUGACAGAGGAGUGCGACCCGGAGAACCAGAAGGUUCGUCAGAAGCUGAAAGCCAAGGAGUGGGAUGAGCUGAUGGCCAAGGGGAAGAGGUUCCAUGUUCUGCAGCCCGUGAAAAUCGGCUGCGUCUGGGCAAGCGCAGAAAACGACGGCAGCGGCGCCAACGGGGACCUAAAGGUUCUCCUGCAGUUCUCUGCGUGUCUCCUGGAUUCACCUGUCGCAGAGGAAGAACAGCAGACACAGAAAUGCAGUAAAAAAAGAGCAAAAGAUCAGCAAAUCCUCGGCCACCUCCUGCCACUGCUUCACGGCAACGUCAACGGGAGCAAAGUCAUCAUCCAGGAGUUCCAGGAGUGCUGCAGGCAGGGACUGUUCAGUGACGUGAGCGCAGCCGCCGAGGGCAGCGACACCAGCCCCGCGAGCCCCCAAACCUCCCGCCCGCAGACCCCCGUGGGGGAGGACAACGGUGUCCCCUCCAAAGCCAGGCUAAAACGCCUCAUUUCCGAGAACUCUGUCUACGAGAAGAGACCCGAGUAUCGGAUGUGCUGGUACGUCCACUCGGAGGUGCUGAAGAGUUUCCAGCAAGAGCAUCUCCCUGUCCCUUGUCAAUGGAACUACGUCACCCAAGUCCCUUCUUCGGGGAAGGAGGAGGGUGGCAGCGUGUUGGGUGGGACGGUCCUGCAGGCCACCCCCGUCUCGGUGAAGAGGAAGCCCACUGGCAGCAUGUCCAUCACAAAAUUCAUGAAAAGGCCUCGGGAUGCUGAGCAGGCUGAAGCUGCAGAGCUGGAUGGAUUUCAGGCAGACACCGAGGAGGAUGAGGAAGAUGACGACUGCAUGAUUGUGGAUAUACAGCCAGGCAAAGGUUCUACAUUGGCAGAUCCUGAACCAAUUUCAGAACCCAGUGGGACAAGAGCCCCUCACCAGGACACCAGCACGGUCAGCCCAUCUAAUACAGUUUGAGACAUAAAUGCCUACUAACUUCUCUGUAUGUAUGUAGAAUGAAUUAGAAAAUUUUAAACCUUGUGUAUCUUUGAACAAAAUACUUGAAAGUAUUCCAUAUUUCUUGUAAAGACAGCACUUUGUUCUGCUUCGGACCAG